AUGCUGAGUUUCGUUCCGUUCAGCAUCGAUUCGAUGUGGAUCAAGGAUUCGAGCGGUCGAUUCCCAUUGAUGAGCGCUGUUGAUGAUCCGGACAUCGUGGACUGUAUGCAGUUGUUACUUUCGUGCAUGAUGGAACAGGCACCCGCUGACAUUUCCUCCCUUUUAUCCCAGGAUCGUCGGCAAAUGAUAAUGAGCUUAGCUCCUGUUGAUGUUUGGAUAGAAUCGGUGACCGGUGAACGAUGGUCGGAACGAGUUCGCCUAUUCGAGACAAUCGGUGAGCUGAAGAAACGCGUAUGGCGUCGCAAGAGGAUCAUACCGAGUCGGCAAGCUAUCGUUUUUGGCGGCCGGUCCCUGCCUGAUGAGGCGGAAAUGGACACAGUGGGUGUGCGUGCCGACUCAACCUUAAAACUGUUAGUGGUGGCGAAGUCGGGUCCAUUAACAGGACGAGAAAGAGACGAGCAGCUGCUGCUCAGCGAUGACGUGAGCGAUCGCGAGCACAGGCGUCAAAGUCGAAGGGGGUGUAGCGCUGCUGAAGAUACCAGCGCUAAAGAAAGCAGUGCUGGUGAAACGGAACGCGACCAAGAUGAUGUAGGAGUUGCUGGCACGUCGUCUACAGUCAAUUCCAGGCAUAUGCGUCGUACCCGAACAAAUAGUCAGGGCGCCCCCAAAGAUCUCCCUUCAUAUGCUGAAGGCUGCCCUCCGUUAAUCAACGUCACCGGUCCACAAACAAGUGCAGUGGUUUCAAACUCCCUGGGAGCUCUGACAGAGGCUCUGGAGAAGCUGGAGAAUCUACGAGUGGAUUCACCGACUGGUGAAGAGGUGCUGUCGGAAGAUCCAUCAGAGCUGUCGUCUGGUAUGAUUGUAUGCGACUUGACCAACGAGUUUCGACGACAAAAGGUGCGACGACAUCGGCUAUCCUCCGCUCCAUCGACAUGCCGCCAACGAGCGCGUAGUAAGCCGCGCAUAACUCACCGUGAGCGAUCAUCAUCCGAUGAUAAUGAAGCUAGCCAAGUUGAACCAGUUGCAUUUGCGCUGCCAGUUCGUCGUGGAGUUUCGACGAGAGCGGUCCGUUCAAUGGCAAUGCGUGGUGGGGCGGCGCGAUGUAAUGUCUGUGCUUUUCGUAUAAACAGCGCGUUUAUUGCACGGCUAAAUUCUUCCACGCUAUGUGGAAAAACGUUGUGUUCACGACAUCGUGCCGCCCAGUCACACACGUGCUCGAAAAUUCGCGCCAAGCUGCAGCAAGUCAGCGACUGA